AUGGAGAAUCGUCGUGCAUUAAUGAAAUCCACUGAUAUGCAACCGCCAUUACAAAAAAUCAUUGUAGAUUUAUGCGCUAUAGCCACGGAACAAUAUGAUCAAGAAAGAGAUAUUGCAUCGUAUGUGAAAAAACAUAUGGAUAAAUAUGAUGGUGGUGUUUGGCAUUGUGUAUUGGGUAAAAAUUUUGGAUGUUACGUAUCACAUAUGGAUGGAUAUUUUAGUUAUUUAGAAUUUCAAGGAAAAUCAGUGAUCGUCUUUCGAACACAAUAA